GAUGAAAAUGGGAAUCAAACUAUUAUCUCUGAGUUCCUUCUCCUGGGCAUGCCUAUUCAACCAGAGCUAACAACGCCUUUCUAUGCCCUCUUUCUUACUAUGUACCUUACAACAGUCCUUGGGAACAUGCUCAUCAUCCUCUUGAUCUAUGUGGAUUCCCGCUUACAUACACCCAUGUAUUUGUUCCUCAGCAAUCUGUCCUUCUCUGAUAUGUGCUUCUCUUCUGUGACAGUCCCCAAACUGCUGGUAAACAUGCAGAGCUCAAAGCCAAUCAUCUCUUACACUAACUGCCUGACCCAAUUGUACUUCUUCCUUUUAUUUGCAGAUGUGGAGAGCUUCCUGCUGGUAGCCAUGGCCUAUGACCGGUAUGUGGCCAUCUGCUACCCAUUGCACUACACAGUCAUGAUGAGCCCUAAGUUAUGUGGUUCCCUUCUGGCACUAUCCUGGGCCCUGACUUUCUCCAUUUCCUUACUGCAUACCCUACUGGUAUCCCAAGUAGUAUUUUGUGACAGCAACAUAAUCCCCCAUUUCUUCUGUGACAUGUCUGCUCUGCUGAAACUGGCUUGUUCAGACAUCCACAUCAAUGAGCUCAUGAUCUUUAUCUUUGGGGGGCUUGUUCUUGUAGUACCAUUCCUGCUAAUUAUUGCAUCUUAUUCCCGUAUUCUUUUUUCUAUACUCAAGGUGCCCUCUGUGAGAGGCAUCCGUAAGACCUUUUCUACCUGUAGCUCCCACCUCUCAGUGGUCUCUCUCUUCUAUGGGACAAUCAUCGGGCUCUACUUGUGCCCUUCAGCCAAUAACUCCACAGUCAAGGAGACAGUCAUGUCCAUCAUGUACACUGUGGUAACACCAAUGCUUAACCCUUUUAUCUAUAGUCUGAGGAAUCAAGAUAUGAAAGGGGCUUUCAAGAAACUCCUGGAAGGAAGAAAGUUCCCCUUCUUUUUGAAACUAUGA